CCCCCCCAUUUGAUGUGUGUAUAUUCAUAAAUUUUGUUGAUAGUACGUUUUGUGUAAAGAAAUUCUGGACUGCCUGGCUGUACAGCACGCGCAGAUUAUGAGAGAACGAAGCGAAGGUGGUCGGCACCGCGCGAACUGAGUUUCCCAGAGUCUUCUAUAUGGGCCAUCUCCUCUCGAAGAAUGGUAACCGCGGUAACCGCCUGAAGAAGAGGAAGAGGAAGCUUCUGAAGAGGAAGAAGAAGAACUGCUUCCUGCAGGGGCCGUGCAUGCUGUGUUUCAUCGUCCACGGCAACAGCGGGAGCCUGGGCGGCGGGGGCGGCGGGGGCGGGGCGGGCGCGGCCGAGGACGCGCAGAGGUCGGAGGUCGCCAGCGGGCCGGACGACUGCGCCAGGUUCCUGCUGUCGCCGCGCGAGCUCGCCAUCUGGGAGGGGCUGUCGGCCGUGCCGGCGCGGCUGUUCCGGGCCACGCCCGCCUGCGAGUACGCCGAGAUGGUGUGCAAGAGGAAGUGCGCGGACGUGCGGCGCUGCGCCCCCUGCAAGCAGCCCCGCUGCUGCCCCGCGCAGGACGGCUCUGAGCCCGGGGCCGGGGCCGGGGCCGCCGGGGCCGACCGCCUCCCGCUCCCCCUCUGCCCCCUGCCCUCGCCCGCGUCCUCCUCCUCCACGUCCUGCUCCUCCUCGUGCUCGUCCUCGGAGGGCGUGUCCGGGGCGGGCCCGCUGUCCGAUUCGGGGGACAGCCCCGGGAGCACCAGCAGCACAGCGGCGGCCACGCCCCCCGGCUCCUCCCCGUCCUGCCACCGCGACCACGCCCCCGGCGACGCCCCGGCCGGGGAGAGCCCCGCCGACGGCUCCAGCAUCAACCACCUGCCUUCCUCCAUCCUGCUGAAGGUGUUCUCUCACCUCUCUGUGAAGGAGCGCUGUCUCAGUGUCUCUCUGGUCUGUAAGUACUGGAGGGACCUGUGUUUGGACUUCCAGUUCUGGAAACAGAUCGACCUGAGUGGCCUACAGCAGGUGACGGACGAGCUCCUGGUGAAGAUAGCGUCGUGGAAGCAGAACGUGACGGAGCUCAACCUGUCGGACUGCCGUAACGUGCAGGACCACGGCGUGUGCGCCCUGGCCUCCCACUGCCCCGGCCUGCUCAAGUACACGGCCUACCGCUGCAAGCAGCUGAGCGACCUGUCGCUGGCCGCCGUGGCCUCGCACUGCCCCCUGCUGCAGAAGGCCCACGUCGGCAACCAGGACAAGCUGACCGACGAGGCGCUGAAGAAGCUGGGGCAGUGCUGCGCUGAGCUACGGGACAUUCACCUGGGCCAGUGCUACAACAUCAGCGACGCGGGCAUGGAGGCCCUCGCACAGGGCUGCCCCAAACUACAGAGGAUCUACAUGCAGGAGAACAAGCUGGUGACAGACCGGUCGGUGAGGGCGUUUGCGGAGCACUGUCCAGAGCUCCAGUUUGUGGGGUUCAUGGGGUGCUCAGUCACCUCUCUCGGAGUCAUCCACCUCACCCAGCUGAAGAACCUGAGCAGUCUGGACCUGAGACACAUCUCAGAGCUCAACAACGAGACGGUGAUGGAGGUGGUGAGGCAGUGCCGCAGCCUCAGCUCCCUCAACCUCUGCCUCAACUGGAGCAUCAACGACAGGUGUGUGGAGAUCAUCGCCAAGGAGGGGCGGAGCCUGAAGGAGCUGUACCUGGUGUCCUGUAAAAUCACAGAUUACGCUCUGAUAGCCAUCGGGAGGUACAGCAGCACCAUCGAGACGGUGGACGCUGGCUGGUGUAAGGAGAUCACAGACCAGGGCGCCACGCAGAUCGCCAAGAGCAGCAAGUCCCUGCGCUACCUGGGCCUGAUGAGGUGUGACAAGGUGAACGAGGAGACGGUGGAGAGGCUGGUGCAGCAGUACCCCCACAUCGUCUUCAGCACGGUGAUGCAGGACUGCAAACGCACGCUGGAGAGAGCCUAUCAGAUGGGCUGGAACCCCAACAACUCCACCGCGUCAUAGCCCCUGCUCUCACACACUAUACACUAUACACACUAUACACACACUGUACACUAUACACACACUAUACACACACUGUGCACUAUACACACUAUACACACACUGCACACUAUACACACACUAUACACACACUGUACACUAUACACACACUAUACACACACUGUGCACUAUACACACUAUACACACACUGCACACUAUACACACACUAUACACACACUGUGCACUAUACACACACUAUACACACACUGUGCACUAUACACACUAUACACACACUGCACACUAUACACACUAUACACACACUGCACACUAUACACACUAUACACACACUGUACACUAUACAUAAUAUACACACACUAUACACACACUGUGCACUAUACACACUAUACACACACUGCACACUAUACACACUAUACACAGUACACUAUACACACUAUACACACACUGUACACUAUACACACGCUACACCCACUGUACACUGUACAUAAUAUACACACACUGUGGCGUCAUAGCCCCUGCUAACACACACUAUACACACGCUGUACACUGUACACACACUGUGGCGUCAUAUCCACUGCUAACGUACACACACAUUCUUGCACCCACACACACACACACACAUACACACACACACACACACACACUGUGGCAUCAUAGCCCCUGCUAACGCACACACACACGCACACACGCACACACACACCCACCCACACCCUGGAGGUUGACUCCAGGCUUUUCAACAUUUUCCUCUUUGUUCGCUUAAUUUUGUUUUGUAGUUUCAAGUUUGAAAUCUGUACUUAGAUUUGUUUUUUCAUAUCGACACACAAACACACACAAAAACACUCGUUGCUCAGCCGUAGGGAUUGUGUGAUUGUCCGUAGGGUGUGUAGUAUUCCAGAGAGACUUUUCCCCUUCGGCCUUUUACGCUCACCUCCCACACCCAUCCCGGAAGAGCUCCGGAGCGCCCGGAAUCUCGGAGUGGGAACACCGGGAAUGCUGGUGCGUCCGUGAUCACGGGCACCGGACCCUGGAUGUGGGAACUCUCCUCCGCCGGAGCGAUGAACACACUCCCCGGAGACCCUCACAGUCUGUCAUAUUGAAGUGAAUCUCACCGAACAAGAUGUCACUCCUGACUGGGGCAGGGGGUCUGAGGCGGCCAUUUUGUGGCGGGGGAAGAAAGAACACUUCUCGGCCUGUUUCCCUCGUGUAACCUUUAACAGCAUCUCGGCAGGUCCAAAUACACAAGGUGGGCGCGUUUUUGGGAAUCAGCGGGAAUACGCUCCCCCACAUCGGAGUGUCCGGUCGCUCCUCACCCACCCCGUCAGAUAUCGGGAGCGUUUUGGCGAAGAUUUGAGUGUGUUGUUGUUAUCCUUUAAAAAAGAAAAAAUCAAUAAAAAAUCAGUGAAUGAUAGCAGGGUUUGCGGGAGGCAGGUGGAUAUUUUGUAAUACCCGCUAUUGUUAAUUGUUUUUUUUUUGUCGGAGAAACUAUUUCCUAUUGUUAUUAUUAAUUUCAUAUUACAUUUACGUGAUGUAUAGUUUGGGUUUAUUGUUCAUUUGUAAGGUAACUUACAGGGAUUCCACAUAGGUGUUUAUCUGUAUGGAAUUUUACAUAACACAAUAUACGGACGUUAUAUAUACUGUAUAUAAACACAUAUACAAUAUUAGGUCUAUUGGCUCUGCAUUUCCCACUUUCUCUGCGACGGAACAGAGGAACGGGUCUCCUUCGCCUCGGGGCGCAGUUUCCGCACCUCUGUGCUCCGUUGCCUGUCAGUAAUACACUCUUAUGCAAGUAACCAGGGUAUUUUUCUAUGGAGUGAAAUGGCAGAUGCCAGUGGACUUGUACCUAUUAAACCAGAUCAUAAUUUCCGAAUGAAUAAUAAUGAUGAUGAUAAUAAUAAUGACUUAAAGCAAGAGAGAGCACUCUGGUCUCUGGUACCAGGGGAAUGUUUUCCAGUACUUUUAGGUUUUUGAAUUGACACAAAAAAAGAAAAAAGAAAAUGAAAAGAGAAACCGUGCGCUGUCUGCCGUGUUGUGACUUGUAGACCGUUUUAAAAUGGAGUCCGUUUGUUUUUCCCUCCUUUUUCUCCCCCUUCCUUUGGCACGUUUUCAUUUCGCCGUUCGGCGGCUUGUUGGAUCCCCAGAUUUUGUGAAAGACAAACGUGAAAGGCUGUUGAACGUGAAUAAAACACUACGCCCUUUCA